CCCAAUUAUCCAACUGGUAUCAACGUCCUCUUGAGCGUUAAUUAGUUUGAGCUGAUGCGAGUAAUUCUUAUUUGCCGAUAUCCAUCAGUGGGCAGUGCCUUAGGGCCUAUGCAUGGCAUUUCUCUACCAAAUAGAUAGAGAAAUGUGAAGAAAAAACACAAGUCUUCUCCACGAGAUGGUACAGGCUCUUGUUGCUUCGCCACGUUCACUGGCCUUCGUGUUUACUUGUGGUAACGCUCUGAGCCGUGCCACGAGCGCCUUGACUGAAGUUUACGUGAGUGUUCAAGUGCAUGUACAGCAUCGUGGAUCUGUGAACAGGUUGAUUACAAGUCAAUUCCACGUAAUCCGAAUUCAGCUACAGUUCAAGUGGAGGGACUUGUGUGUCAGCAACGACUUGGGAUGGAGGACGGUAGCAUUCCCGACUCGAGAAUCACAGCCUCCACUAUUUUCCACGAGCGACCGAACGCAGUCGACAACUGCCGACCGGAAAACGGCCGGCUGAACAACCCGGGAGGCGGCCGGAUAGUGGGUGGUUGGUGUCCAGCCCGGAAUGACAAGGCUGCUCCGUGGUUUCAGGUCGAUUUGGGCGAGCUGCUACUGGUGGAAGGGGUCAUCAUGCAGGGCGCCGUGGAUCCCCUGGGUGCAUGGAACGAGAGAGUCACCGAGUAUCAAGUGCAGUACAGUGAUGACGGGGUUGCGUGGCUCUAUGUGACCGGUAGUGAAGAUCCCGGGACUGUGCCGAAGACAUUUGAAGGCAACGUCGACCUAACCACACCUGUUACCAGCAAUUUUGACCGGCCGAUUCAAGCUCGUUACAUCCGCAUCAGACCCACCGCCUACUUCAACUGGCCCUCGAUGCGGAUUGAGCUCAUCGGCUGCAAAGCCAAAGAAGCGGUAGGACGGAUGUGUUCGAAACGACUUGGGAUGGAGGACGGUAGCAUUCCCGACACCAGAAUCACAGCUUCCACUAUUUUCCACGAGCGACCGGACGCACCCGAUAACUGCCGACCGGAAAACGGCCGGCUGAACAACCCGGGAGGCGGCCGGAUAGUGGGUGGUUGGUGUCCAGCCCGGAAUGACAAGGCUGCUCCGUGGUUUCAGGUCGAUUUGGGCGGGCUGCUACUGGUGGAAGGGAUCAUCAUGCAGGGCGCCGUGGAUCCCCUGGGUGCAUGGAACGAGAGAGUCACCGAGUAUCAAGUGCAGUACAGUGGUGACGGGGUUGCGUGGCUCUAUGUGACCGGUAGUGAAGAUCCCGGGACUGUGCCGAAGACAUUUGAAGGCAACGUCGACCUAACCACACCUGUUACCAGCAGUUUUGACCGGCCGAUUCAAGCUCGUUACAUCCGCAUCAGACCCACCGCCUACUUCAACUGGCCCUCGAUGCGGAUUGAGCUCAUUGGCUGCAAAGCAGCAACAUCAGACUGUGUACCAUUCAGAGGGGAAUGUCUCUACAUAUGCUCCGAUCCGUCCAAGUGGUUGGAUGCCAAUGUGGCUUGCCAACGUAUGCACAAUGGUUCGCGCCUUGUGACAGUAGUCGAUCAAGACAUGAAUGAUUUCAUCGCACGGGAAAUCACAAGGGACGUGUGGAUCGGCCUGCAUGACACCCACAAUGAGAGCAACUGGAAAUGGGUGGAUGACACUCCCUUCGACUACACGAAUUUCAAUUCAGACAGCGAAGCGGACCAUCGAGGCGAUGGUGGCGCAGACUCGGCCUUGACUCCAGACCACGCCAAAAACUGCGCCCUUCUACUUAGUAACACAGGGAAAUGGAGGGCCACGAAUUGUAAUUCGUACAAUGGCAGGAUCUGUGCGCUGCCUCGUGGUGAGCAGUUGUGUCCAGAUGGAGGAACUUUUUUCCGUGACCGAUGCUACUGGUAUAACCAGGUUGGAAACUGGGACAACGCUAACAGAGAUUGCGAAGAGCGGUUUGGGAAAGGUGUAAAGCUAGUCAUCGUGCGUGACGCGGAGUUAAAUGCGUUUUUGUCUCGCCACGUGCAUCCCGCAGUAUGGCUUGGCCUGCGUUACUACCAACAGAAUGAUACAUGGUACUGGGUAGAUGGCAGCCCGCUGGACCCUAACGGUUACGAAAGAUGGGGAGACGUCGAACUGGAUCCCUCGCGAGAUGAGCGAUACUGCGCAGUUCUAAACUAUAACGAUGAGACUGGCGGUCACUGGUCGCCAACUUUCUGCUCGCAAAAUGUCCGUACAGUUUGUGCCUUGCAGACUUGCUACGACGGGCCAUCCCGUGUUUUGGGGUCAUGGGCAGGGCAAAACAGCAGGCAAUCCGACGAGGACCACGAAUGUCUUGACUUUGGCAGCAAACCGAGAUGUUCGUGUGUUUCUGGUGCACUCUGCCGGCUCACGGGCAAGUGUCAUUGCGAGGCGCUGUUCCCGGGCAUGAAGUGCAACAAAGACGAGAUGAUGGUGACAAUCCAUGCUCCCAACCGACUGGAACGUGGAGAGACCGUCACCAUGCGCUGCCAUGUCAACGUGCCGUCCAUCGACAUCACGGUGCUUUGGCGAAAGGUCAGCGGUACGGAGAUGCUCCCGGAGGGCCGGACUGUCCUACUGGACCGACCUGAGUCAGGAGACUACGAUCUAACUAUAGAGAAAGUUCAGGAGAAUGACACAGGGUCUUACGUGUGCGUCGCCACCACCGUCAUAGGUCAGAUCGGCACGUCGAAGAUGGACAGUACCUAUCUUCACGUUGUAGUUCCAAAUACCGUAACACCCAAACCGCCACGCAAGGUUUCUGAAGGAAAUGAGCAGGGAGUUUCGCCCAAGGAAAAAGGUUUGAUCUUUGCGGUAGCCGCUCUCGGCGUCUGCUUUGUGUGCUUACUGGCUGCCUUCAUCAUUGUCAAGGUUCGUCAAGAAACUACUCUUCGACGCACUCGGCGCUCCAGUGAUGUGCUGAUGUGAGCGCCUAAUGAAUGUCUUGGCUCAAGUCUGAUUGUUAACGUGUUCAUGCAGAUUUCAUGCAGCUUCUUGAUGGCGUACGGUUUAGUUGCUUCGGAGAAUCUAAUCCAUCCCAGUCUUGGUCCAUUGGGAAAGUUGUAGACAGACUGGAGGAACAUUUUUAUAAGUAUAUAUUUUUGGAUAUUAUUUGAAGAGGGGGUGAAAGUGGGUGCCGGUCUGGGCACUUUUCUACCCGGAAUCACGGUUGUUGAUCAGUAGGGGCUGAGUGCGAGUGUGGGGCUGGAGGUGAGAUGGGAUGGAGGUUGAAUGGGGAUUGGGAAUGAUUACGGGAUGGUGGGGACUGAGAUGCCGAAUCGCCUUGUAAAGCAUAAAUAUCACUUAUUCUUUCUCAUUCGUGGGUCUUAGAUCAAUAAAUACGUGUGUAUUUGAAAGUCUUGAAAUGACAGUCGUGCUUAAUUCACUUUGUUGCAUGCUUUUCAAUUUUUGUUCACCAUCUAGAAGUAAUGUUUAGGAGAGCCGUAUGGGUGGGUGUCUGUUCAAAUCGUUCUCCACUCACUCUCUCUGUCUCUAAUUCUGAAUUCAAGGGUACUUUUGGGGUGUGGCGGGUUGUUAAAAACCUAAAGCUGAAAAAUCGAAAGAAAGUUGUCGCCGAGGUUGCAAUCAGCAUUGCUUUUAACCAGCACUAACAUUGUUUAUUGUUAAUUAAUUAUUGGUGAUCCAUGAUGGAUGCUGCUGAAAACUCCAUCGUUGCUGCGACGUUGAAUGCAAUGUCAAACGCCGCAAGGUUAAUAUGACUGAGGGAAAACCACACCCACUGAUUUCAUUUUUUUGGUUUUAUUUUGAUGUCUAAUGAUUUAGAUAAAUAAACAAAGUAACCAAAAACUUCCAAGUUUUGGAAAAGAAA